AUGCAAGAAACUGCACUGCUGGCUCUCCUGUUCGCCGUGCUGCUGCAGUUCAGCAACCAGACGGAGUACUUGAAUAGCAAAGAAGACGUGUGUCGCUACUUUAGUGAUGGCGCAAAGAUACGCAAGCCCGGAACCUGUAGCGAAUGGAUAGUUUGUCAGGAUCACAAGACCACUCCAGGGGGAGUUUGUGAAGGUACCAAGCCCUAUUUCAUCCUUAGCACUGGCGCUUGCGCUAAGUCAUUGGACUCGUGGGACAGCUACUGCUCAGCGCCUUGCACUACAAAAACGGAGGGGUACUAUGGCAGCACGUUGAACUGCGAGAACUGGUACUAUUGCAAUGGAAAGACUCUAUUGGCCAGUGGCCCCUGUGGAAACGGUCAAUAUUUUAAUGACGCCACCAAGUCAUGUGUCUACCCUCAAAACACAGACUGCAAUGCCCAGUUCGAGCUCUGCCAGGUGGCUCCCAAGGAUACGUUUUUCGUCAAUGAGAACAGUUGCAACAGCUACUACAAUUGUGUGAAGGGCAAACUUACGACGGUAAAUUGCGAUAAUAGUUACUAUGAUGUGGACACCGGUCUAUGCGUGCCGAAGGCAACAGUCAAAUGCGAAGUACAUCCGAUACCGGCGGACGCCUGUGGCACAACGAAACUGGCUAAGCGCGACAAGUUCGUUUCUGAUGGCGCCACGUGCAGCGGUUACCUAUAUUGCCACGAUCUGGGCUCAGGAAAGCCCGAUCCGAGUCCAGUAUGGCAGCAAUGUCCGCUUGGCUACUUUUUCGACGAGGACUUCCAACGUUGCACAGAAAGGCAGUAUGUGAAAUGCUCUGAAGAUCGCUGCGAGGGCAUCACCAGUGGCCGCACAGUCGCUGAAAACCCCGGCUGCCACUACUAUCUGGAGUGUACCGAUGGUGUUUCUAGCGCACCGAUACAAUGUCCCGAUAACUUGUAUUUCGAUGAGGAUAAACAGGAAUGCGUCACUGUCGAGAAGAAGUAUACUGCCUGCACAGUUUAGUAUUAGGAAGUGAUAAGUGUUGACCUCAAA